UGCAGUAGCCUGAUUCUGGAGUGCAACCGUUGUAAAGCUGAGGGUGGGUAUCGGCGAAGCGUGUAUACAUCCACACGACUGCAAAGUGAGACCCGCGGAGACGUCGCCUUUGACGUAAAUGUGCGAAUGGUGCUGUUGGCACACGAGUUGGGCUUGGGUUAUGCUGCGCUGAAAAAGAUCAGCAAGGUUUUGGGGAUCCCUUCCCUUCAUUUGAAAACGUACCAGCGACAUGACAAAAGAGUUACAGGUAGGCUAUGGAAAGAUGAGGAAUGAUUACAGACUUGGAUGAUAAUAAUGUAGGUCUAGUAAUAAUAAAUAUAUGUAGGCUACUGUAUUAGGUAAAUGUACACAUUAUUAUGGUAGAUAGGUAUUAACUCAAUACACAUCCAACAUAAUUAUGUUACACCACUAGUAGUAAACAUAAUACACCAUACAACAGAUAAUAUUAUAUUAGGCUAAUAAUACAUUAUGUUAUUCUUUUGAUUAUGUUAUAAAAAAAAAGGACAUAAUAAAAUGAGCAGAUGUUGACACAGUGUGUAUUUUAAUUUUAGUGGCAGAAAUUGAGAGGGGACUAGGGUCCUUGCACAAGGCCAGGGAGAGCAUCAGGCAGGCGUAUGCAGAUAUGGAUCCGGAGGUGGCUGAGUCACUGAGGCAGGAUACGGAUGCUGUGAUAGACAUUGGGGUCUCCUUCGAUGGGACCUGGCAGAAGCGAGGCUUCACCUCACACUACGGUGUGGGUGUCUGCAUUGACAUCCUGACAGGUCUCGUUAUAGAUUACGAGAUCCUGUCAUCUUACUGCCAUGCAUGCGCCUGUAAGAACAGUGUGUUGAAAGCAGGAGAAAUCAGUGAGGAGGAGUUUGACAGCUGGAAAGAAGGCCACAAGGCUGACUGCGCUAAAAACUUUGCUGGCUCCAGCAAGGCCAUGGAGCAGGAGGCUGCCAAAAGGAUGUGGGGUAGGUCAGUGAGCCGUCAUCAGCUCAGGUACACGGAGAUGCUGUCGGAUGGAGAUAGCUCAGCAUUCCGGCAGGUAGUAGAGCUGAAGCCCUACCCGGGUCAGGAGGUCACCAAACUCGAGUGCAUUAACCAUGCUCACAAAAGAAUGGGCACUGCACUCAGAAAGAUAAGUGUAGGCAAAAAAUUGGGUGGCAAGGGAUCAGGGAAACUCACGGCAAAGAAGUGCAAAUCUCUACAAAAUUUUUACAGGGGGGCCAUUCUAAAUAAUCAGGGAAACAUUGAGGGCAUGAAGUCUGAGAUAUGGGCGGGCCUGCUCCAUUGCAUGUCUACUGACGAAGUGCCAUUGCACAACAGAUGCAACCCCCAGUGGUGCUUCUUUAGGAGGGCGGAAGACAACGGAGAGACCCCUGACAGCCACUCGCUUCACUCAAAAAACCAUUUGUCCCGGGAAGUGGGUCAGACACUUGUGCCCAUUUAUCACCGAACGUCAAGUGACAGUCUCCUGCAAAAAAUGCAGCAUGGGGGCACACAAAAUAACAAUGAGUGCCUCAAUUCAGUUAUAUGGGCUCGCUGCCCAAAAACAGUGUUUGUGGGGAGAAACAGAGUGGAGGCGGCUGUAAGCAUGGCCAUAUCAUCUUUUAAUGAGGGUGCGUCAGCCAUCCUUAAUGUGAUGGCCAACCUGUGGCUGGAGAGCACAACAAUCACCCUAAACACCAUCAGGGAAGCUGACAUGCUGAGGGUCACCAAGGCAAAUGCCAUCCUGUCUCCUCAAACAAAGGGAAAGAGAAAACAUGAGAGCAAUGAAAGAAAAGUGAAAAGGCACCAGCAAGAACAGGAAGAGGGGGCGACAUAUGGUGCAGGGAUGGAAAUGUUUGCCAAGUAUUACAAAAUGGACAAUGGGACCGACUAUCGUACAUUAGUCAAAGCCUUUGCUAUCAGGUUUGAUGUGCUGGUCAAUGGAAAUGCUGGAAAGUUCAACAUGAUCCCCACACUCAUAAACAUGGUGGCGGCCUUCACAUCUGUUGGCGUGGGCACGGUCCUCUGUGACAUCAUCCUGCUCAACUUCCUGAAAGGGGCCGAUCAGUAUAAAGCCAAGAAGUUUGAAGAGGUGUCAGACACCGAGAUCGACUCCCAUAUCAACGGCUUGUAUCGCUCCCAGCUGUCGCUGAGACAUGAUGAGAAACAAUCCACUGACUCAUUCUCCUUUGGACAUUUUGGAUAAUGGAUUAGGGCAACAGCCAAUACCAGAAGUGGUAAAAGCAAAAGGGCGGGACAAGGGCAGUAAAAUGAGAUGAGUUACGGAUCUUUCAAAAGCAUCUCAUUAGAGGAGAAAUGAAUAAUACAGGCAUAUAAACUUUUAUCUUCCUCUUAAAAUGUAUUAAAUUAGUUAGGUUAUUCCAUGAAAUAUGUAAUUAUAGGUUAUCAUUAAUUGCAAAAUAACGUAGCAUUUAUGGGAAAAAAAGUUCCAGCUCUGGGAAAACCUUAUUUUUCCAUCAUAUAGCAUUAGAAAACAAUGCCAAUACACAUGGGUUGUCAGCAUUGCAGACUAGUAUUGUGGUUGCAACAAUUAUUUUCUGAGAAAAGAGAAAGGAAAGAGCCCUGUUUUAGAACAAAUUACUAAUGCAUUCUAUGAAAUUACUAGACUAGACUGACAUAAUAUAUAGAACUGAGUAAUUACCCGAAGGAUUCUGGAAACUGGAAGUGCCUUGAAAAACUCGAAAAUUGGCUAACUGAGUUUCCUCUUCUGCAAUUAACCAAACAUUUGUCUAAAAAAAAAACAAGUGCCAGGGAUAAAGCAUGUUGGAAAAGCAUGACAACUAUCUAACAGGCCAUUUGUCACCAUAAAUGAGGCCAUAUCUUGCCAAGUGAACAACCAAAUGCUGACUAGUAAGCUGGAGGAAAGCCUUUCACAUUGGGCAGGAGUACGAGAAACAGUUGUUCACAAAUAAUGCCUGAUCAGAGCCAUGUUAAUGCCUGGCGUGCCUUCCAACAGCCUCAGAAAGUAUCCUGGUGAGUUCAGGUCAAAUGACUUAUUAUACUUUUUCCAUCCCUUUUGGCGUUACAUGAUAGAGGCCACUGGCUGGCAGGACAGGGCUGAGGAACUGAACCCAUGGGUAGACUUGGGUUGACAGGUUGAUUAUACAGAUACUGGUCACUCACACAUGCUAUGCCAAAAGGGAUAUAUUUCUCUUGUCUUGAUGAAAAUGAUGAUGAUUGGCGACUGAUUGAUAAUUUAGCACAUUUAACAGCAUCCCUCUUCCAUAACCAUGUUCUCUCCCUGACAACUUGUCAGGUUGGUUUUAAAUGAGCUCCACAUGCAUCACAAUGCCUCAUUAUUGUUUGACAUCCUAAAUAAAAUCUUGAAAGGGAACGUACAGUUUCUG